AUGCUUCCUUGCACUCAGAAAUUGGCCGAUCUCCCGUGGAAGCCCAAGGGUAUUAUCCUUUCCGGUGGCCCCUACUCCGUUUACGAGGACGGCGCCCCUCACGUUGACCCCGCCUUCUUCGAGCUCGGUGUCCCCAUCCUCGGUAUCUGCUAUGGACUGCAGGAGAUUGCGUACCGUCUGAGCAAGGACAACGUCGCUGCCGGAACUGCUAGAGAGUAUGGCCAUGCAGUGCUCACCGCCAAGCGACUCGACAACCAGGGCCAUGUCGACCGCCUCUUUGCCGGUAUUGAGGACCAGACGAACGUGUGGAUGUCCCACGGUGACAAGCUCAUCAACCUCCCCGAGGGAUUCCACACCAUUGCUACCACCCCCAACUCCGAAUUCGCUGGUAUCGCCCACGAGUCCAAGCCCAUUUACGCCGUUCAAUUCCACCCUGAGGUGAACCACACGACCGAGGGCGUGAAGCUCCUCGAGAACUUUGCCGCGAAGAUCUGCGGCGUCACGCAGAACUGGACAAUGGACAAGUUUGUGGACCAGGAGAUCACUCGUAUUCGCGAGUUGGUCGGUGAGACGGACCAUGUCCUCGGUGCUGUCAGUGGAGGUGUGGACUCCACCGUUGCCUCCAAGCUCAUGAAGGAGGCCAUUGGCGACCGGUUCCACGCCGUCCUCGUUGACAACGGCUGCCUGCGUCUGAACGAGGCCCAGCAAGUUUACGAGACCCUUGGAAAGCACCUGGGAAUCAACCUGACGGUCGUGGACGCCUCCAAGGACUUCUUGGCCGGUCUGAAGGGUGUCACGGAUCCCGAGAAGAAGCGCAAGUUCAUCGGAGGAAAGUUCAUCGAUGUCUUUGAAGCUGAGGCGGCGAAGAUUGAGGCCAGCGUUGAGCACACCGGUGCCAAGGUCCGCUGGUUCCUCCAGGGUACUCUCUACCCCGAUGUCAUUGAGAGUCUUUCUUUCAAGGGCCCCAGUGCCACCAUCAAGACCCACCACAACGUUGGAGGCCUUCCGGCCCGUAUGCAGGAGGGUGCUGGUCUGAAGCUCAUCGAGCCCCUUCGUGAGCUUUUCAAGGAUGAGGUUCGACAGCUGGGCCGUGAACUGGGUAUCCACAACGACCUGGUCAUGCGUCACCCCUUCCCCGGUCCUGGAAUUGCCAUUCGUGUCCUCGGCGAAGUGACCCCCGAGCGUGUCGAGAUCGCCAGACAGGCCGAUCACAUCUUCAUCUCCAUGAUCCGCGAGGCUGGCCUCUACGAUAACAUUGCUCAGGCCUACGCCGCUUUGGAUCCCACCAAGGCCGUUGGUGUGAUGGGUGACAAGCGUGUCCACGCCGAAAUGGUUAUCCUCCGAGCCGUCCAGACCACUGAUUUCAUGACCUGUACCGCAUACCCCUUCCCUCACGAUUUCCUUUCCCGCGCCUCUACUCGGAUCAUCAACGAAGUGCACGGCGUUUCCCGCGUUCUCUACGAUAUCUCUUCCAAGCCCCCUGCUACUAUCGAAAUGGAGUAA